UUAGGGCCCCACAAUUUUCUAGCACCGGAAAACAACGACUUUGCACCCACCCACCCCUCUAACUCCCUCUCUUCUUCAAAUAUACUACUGACAUAAUCACAUAUAAAUGCUUUCUCAUUCAUUACUUCUUCUCAGAGUAUACUUCAAGCCGCCUAUAUAUCUUCUCCAAAUUUUUUCUUUCUUCAUCAAUUAGCUAGCUAGCUUAUGUUUAUUUCUUUUCUUUCUCUCUCAGAAACCAAUUAGGAUUAGUAAAAACUUUGUCCAUCAUCAUCUUCAUCAAUAUUAUUAUCAGAUUCAUACAAAAGAUCAUGAAGAAGAUCAACUUAUUACUGAGGAAGUGCAAGAGCUUGUCAAGGCAGCUAGGCAGAUCUUCAUCUUAUACUAGUUUAAGGUCCAAAUCUACGAGGGAAGAUUUAUUAUGGGAUAAUAGUCAUGAUCAUCAUGGCAUGCAAGAUCAAGUUGAACAUGAUCAGUAUCAAACUAUAUUGGUAGGCAGUACUCGAAAGCGUUACGUUAUCAGCUCUAAGUACUUGAACCAUCCUUUGUUGAAUGCUCUCAUCGAGAAGUCGUCGCCGGCGAAUAAGCACAAGGCAGCUGGAGAUCAUCAUCAUCAUCAUCAUCAAGUUAUUUUGGUCAGGUGUGAGGUUGUUCUGUUUGAUCAUCUUCUUUGGAUGCUUGAAAAUGCAGAUCCGAAUCUUAGCUCAGAGUCCUUGGAAGAACUUGCUUCACUAUAUGUAUUCUGAAGAAGAAGAAGAAGUUGAAGAUGACUUACAGGUUGGGAACUUUGAUAUAUAUAUAUAUAUAUAUAUAUUCGUAUAUAUUAUGUUCAUUCUAAUGGGGGAUGGAGAUCAAAGUAGGUUGUGACAUCAUUUUGUUAUAUGUUAUUAUUAUUAUAAUUCUUAAUUGUCGUGUUGGUUAUGUUUUUUAUUUUUAUUUUUAUUUUUUCUCUCUCGCUGUGAUCUCUAACUCAAUGCGUUUUCGUGGGUCCAAAAGUUCAUGAAUAUUACCAGAAAUUUGGGGUAUUCAUAUAUAUUUUCAUGUAUUUUUGUAUAGAUAUAUGUAAUAUUCAUGGAGGAGCUUAGCUUUCUUUCCUGUGAGAUAUAUUAGCUAGUUUCUUCAUCCUCAACAAUAUGAAUAAUAAUGUUGUACUUAAUUAAUAA